GCCGGUUUCAGGCACUUCCGCGGCGAGCUUUGCUUGCAUGACUCGCGUCCAACCAUUCAACGUCGAACUUUUGUCAAGACCUCGUCUGCGAAACCACUCACCACUCCCCAGCUGCUUACCGCCAAUAUGUCCAUCCACCCGUCGCGGCAGGCGUAUGUGGAAGAGAGCGAGAGAUGGAAGUAGAAGGCUAACCACCACCCAUUCGCAGGACCCCGAAGCAGGCAUAACACUCAGCAACAUCCCAAUCGACACAAACUACUCCCUCCCCAGCGCCGGCCCCGGCCAAACCUCGCAACAAGCCAGCACAGUCCUCAACGACUUCCGACGAAAACGCGAAGCAGCGGCCGUCGCCGUCCCCACAGAUGACAAGCGCGUGCGCGCCGACCUGCGCGCCCGCGGCCAACCGAUUACCCUCUUCGGCGAGCGGCCGGAAGAUCGACGGGACCGCUUACGCGAGAUUCUGUACACUGAACAAGCGGGCGGUGAAGAUGAGUCUAUGCUUGAUGUUGGUACUCCUGUAGUGGGAGAUGCAGGUGUUGAAGGGGAAGAGGAAGAUGGCGAUGAGGAGUUUUACACGGAAGGGUCGACGGAGCUGCUGCAUUCGCGCCAGGAGAUUGCGCGAUACAGUCUACCUCGAGCGGAGCAACGGAUACGACAUCAGCGACUCGAGAGCACGAUCCCCGUGUCGACGCACGUGCGGCAUCGGAAAGCGAUGAAAGCGAGAUUGGCGGAGUUUGAGAUGUUCGGGUCGCAGAUUGCGAGUGAGAGGCCGGUGAGUAUGGUUCGCUUUGCCCCCGGCGGCGAAGUCAUUGCUUGCGGUGAUUGGGCUGGGAGUAUCAAGGUGUUGGACGUGCCGAAUUUGGAGACAAAGGGGGUGUUGCGAGGGCACAAGAGCAUGGUGGGUGGGAUUUCAUGGUACGGGCCGGCGGCUGGGGAUGCGAUGGAUGGCGCAGGGACGCUGAACCUCGCAUCGGGAGGAGGCGAAGGCGACGUCAAUCUCUGGUCAUACGGAUCGCAAGAUACGCCCAUCGCGACACUAAGCGGGCACAGCGCGCGCGUGGUGCGCACGGAAUUCCAUCCCAGCGGCCGCUACCUCGCGAGCGCAAGCUACGACACCACCUGGCGCCUCUGGGACGUCAACACCACCACCCAACUCCUCCUCCAAGAAGGCCACUCGAAAGAAGUGUACACCGUCUCCUUCUCCCCCGACGGCAGCCUGCUCGCCUCCGCAGGCCUCGACAGCAUCGGCAGAAUCUGGGACCUCCGGACAGGCCGCACCAUCAUGCUGCUCGAGUCCCACGUCGCGCCUAUCCACGCCCUGGAUUGGAGUCCCGAUGGCGUGCGAGUGAUGACGGGAAGCGCAGACGGCUUCGCGAAAUGCUGGGACGUGCGCGCCGUGCGAGAGAGCGCAAGUCUCGGCGCGCACAAAGGCGGCGUAUCUGACCUGCGCUGGUUCAAAGGCACCGACGGGCCACUAUCAGGCAAAACGCUCACAGCAGAGAGUAAUGGCUCCGCGGAGAUGGACGACGGAACAUCUCUCCUGCCGAAAAAGUCAGGCACGUUCGUGCUUACGGCUGGCUUUGAUCACGCGGUCAACAUCUUCUCCGCGGACGACUGGGCGCUUUGCAAAUCGUUGACAGGACAUGAUGGGACGGUGUUGGCGGUGGAUACGACGGAGGAUGCGCGGUGGAUUGCGAGUUGUGGAAGGGAUCGGACGGUGAAGUUGUGGGCCAUGCCGGAUGAGCAGGGGUUAUGAUGAUGGGGAGAGAUGAAUGUAUACUUAUGAUACCCCGUGAGCAAGCUGUAUGAGCAUCACUUGUUAGCGAUAGAUUAAGGAAAGAAGCAGCGGAUACGCCGAAUGGCGCAGCCGCGGAAGUGUAGAAGCUCUCGGCUUUCAUUCGGCCGGGGGUGCGGGAGCAGAAGCCGCGGGUCACGGGAAAUCUUUCCUCGUGCACUGGCUUUUUGGCAAACGCCGAUCGUGACAUGUGACGGCAGUUCGCACCAGCCAUCACUAGACCGCGCAU